GCCGACUCGAAGCUCCACACCCUCACCAAGCGCCUCGACCCCGACCUCGCCCCGCGCACCUGCACCACCGAGCUCGGUCACGUCGUGACGCCGUCGAUCGCCACCACGAUGUCGCCCGCAACUGCGUCGCCCGAGCGUCUCGUCCUCGGCACCACCUCGGCACCCGCACCGCGCCCUCGCCGAGCAGCAGCAGAGCCGCGGCCAUGGCCUCGCCCUGCCGACGCCGCCAAGCACCACUGCGCCCGCCUCGGCCGUGCCCCUACCUCUGUGUCAAGCUUCAUCACCACGCGGGGGUCAGCCGCGGUGCCGUCCUCGCUGCGCAGCAGCCUCGCCCGGCGACGUCGAGCCCGCUGCCCUCGCCGCGUCGAGCUUCGACCACGGCCGGCCGCGUGGACGCCACAGCCCGGCCGAGCCUCUGCCUCGCCACCGUGGGAGUCGCCGCGGCCACGACGCCUUCAGCCUCGGCGCCCCUCCGCGUCCACGACGGUGUCGACCGCGAGCCCCCGUGCUGUCAUGGAGCUUACCUCGUCGAGCCGACACGCCGUCGACAGAGCCACCGAUGCCGCGCGCCGGGCACCAGAGCAAGCCCCUUCGCCGAGCACCCGAUGCGCCCUGUCGCCGCGGCCACGCCAGGACGUCGCCAUGGUCACCGCGUCAGCGCCGGCCGUGGUGAUCGCGACCCCGACCACGACGCCGUGCUCAUCUUGCCACGGUGACCGCGAACUUCCCUUUUUGCUGGCUGCCGAUCACCACUGAACGUGCAGCAGCGGCAGCACCACCCCGCGCGAAGCUCUUCUCUGCCGCCGGGAUGCUGCACCCAUGUCGUGCCACUUGCCGGAGCCGUUGGACUUAACAUCGCUGCUGUUGGAGCACCGAACCUCGAGGCGUUGCCGAACCCCAAGACUUCUCUUUCAGAUGCACCCCGGCCACCUGCAGCAAGCCGCGACCAAGCUGUAGAAGCCCUCUGCCAUCCUCGCCCGCAAGGUCGAACCUUGAACCUAGCUGACAUCGUCUCCGACGUUGGCAAAACCCUUGCCCUUCAUUUCGAUAUCAUACAUGCCAUGUAUCUUGCUCAUGUAUGCAUUAAGAUCUAUCUGCAUGACCAUUUGUUCAUCUAUCCAUGUCAUGCACUUGUUA